ACACCUUUUCUAUCUCCACUCUCCAUCUCUCUCUCUCUCUCUCUCUCUCUCUUUCUGUCUCAAAGCUAUCAUUUUCUCUUUCCAUUGAACGAACCCCAUUUUGCUUUGUGGAGUCGGAGAUGGGAAGGGAUUGGUAUUGGGGAAGUGGAGCUGCUAAAGCAUCCAUAGCCACCAGCAGCUCCAAGAGAGCAGCAGCAUCGGCUGAUACCACCACUUCCACUGGUUGCAUAAGUGCCGUCUUUCAGUUCUUCGAUUUCCAUGUCCCUUUAACUCAAAGUAACAGCAGCAGCAGCAGCAGUUGUGAUUGUUUCAAGCAGACUAACUCUUUUUUCUCUCCUCACAGUACCAUCGUCCCCGCUACUCUCAAAGGUACAGAGGCUCCAAGGAACAGUUUGGAAUCAGAUGAGGAAAGUUCAACUUCAGCUUCAUUGACAUCAACCAGUAAAGAAGAGAAGUUAAACAUCCCCGUAAGAAUGAUGGGAAUUCAAAUCAAAACAAGGGGAGACAAUAGGUCAAAAGUUGGAGUUUCAAAUAACGAUGCAUCUUCAGAGAUCAGCAGCUCUCCAGGGACCAAGACACCCACUUUGGUUGCUAGGCUCAUGGGACUUGACAUUCUUCCUGAAAGCCAUUCACCAUCUUUUUCAUCGAAAUCACAUUUGAAGCCAAUAAGUAGCCAUAGAAGGUCAUUGGAUGGUGAUAUUCGGGUCACUCGUUCGUUGCCUCAAACUCCGAGGAUAUCGUCCUCGUUUUCGAGGAGGUCGGACGUGGAUCUUCACCACCGGCUUUCGCUUCAAAUCAACAAGGAGAACAUGAGUGCAACUGAAGAGUUAAUGAUAUCGCAUUUGAAAGCACUGAAAGGGAAAGAGCAGAAGCAUGAAGACGAGAACAGGAGUCCGGCCCACUACGCGAGGCAGAUUGUGAAGCAGGUUAAAGAAAGUGUGAGCGGGAAAGUUGGAAUGGACAUUACCAACAGGGUUCGGAACAGAGAACAAACUAGAGAAGAGCUUGUUAGCCAAUUCAAGACGAAGAAGAUUUCCAGGGCCAUGAACAAAUUAGCUGAAGAUUCAAGCCACUCAACAACAACACCAUCGUGUUCACCCAGGCUUCGGUUCUCGGAAACCAAAACUAAAGAUCACAAUCCUCAACCUCCAAAAUCAUCAUCAGCAUCAGAGAUCAAUAUCCAGCCUCAGCCAACCACUAGAGUUCUGCAAAAGCCCAAUGAGCAGCAAAACCUGCAACCGCCAAGAGCCACCACAAGCAAAUGGAAGAAAGCGGAAAAGCCUCGACAUACAUCGGACAUUAUCCGAAACAAGCAAGAAGAACCUUUCGUUCGUCCUUCAACAGCCAACAGAAUCCACAUUCCCGAAAAGAAAUGCAAGAAAAUUCCAUUGUCAAAUGAUCUACUCAACAUCACCGUCCCUACCCUUUUUCCGGUCAAAAAAGACCCUUCUCCUCCGGCCACAAAAAUCACUCAAAAACAGGUCUCAGAUGCUGGAAAACCGAAACGUGGCUCACAGUUAUCUAGUUGUUCGAGCCAGACGUACAACAAACAAGAAGCGACGUACGUACACGUUCCCCGACACGACCACAUCGGCAACAGAUGUAACGGUGCUACUACCACUACUACUAGCAGUGGCACCACAACCGGUGAAGCAGCAGCAGCAGAAUAUAAUGAGUACAUCGCUAGAAUACUAAAACGUACAGGGCUAGAAAAAGACACCCCACUGUCCUUGGCUUCUUGGUUCUCUCCUUCCCAUCCUCUUAACCCUUCCAUUUUUACUACCUCGAACAUUUCACCUCCUGUAUAAAAAAACCAGUUCCACUCAACUGAACCUCCGAUGCAAUCGAAAAUUACUCUUCCAUCUCACCGAUGAGAUAUUGACUGAAUUUUUAAAACCUUUUUUCAAUACGAAGCCAUGGGUUAAAAGUAGACUUGGACGUGAAUGUUUUAGUAACAUUAACAGCUCUCAACUGACAGACACAUUGUGUUCAAAAAUCAAAGGGUUCCCUCGAGCCGAUUGUCGUGUUCUUGAAGACAUCGACGCCUUGAUCGACAAGGACUUGCCGAUAGUGAAGCUCCGAAGUUCGGUGGCGUACGAGGAGGAAGGGGAAGGAUUGUAUCGGAGGUCGAGAAGGGCAUAUUGGAGGCGCUGGUACAUGAAACGGCAACGGUGUUUGAGACAUUGUGGGGUCGCCUUUUAGAAUCACAUGGGUCAUUCACGUGAUGAGAUGCUAUUCGUUGGGGUCUUCGUGGGACUAUACACGUGGGUGAAAAUGACAAUAAGUUAUAUAGGGUAAUUUUGUAUAUAUAAAUGGCAAUAAGGUAUCUUUUAAAAUUACAAGUACUUUAUUCUUUUUUUUAGUGUCUUGAAAUUAGUUAGAAAAUUUAGGUUCUUCAAUGUUGGAAUCACUUCUCGAUGUAAUAUAUACUUUCACAGCUAUGAGUUCUUU